AAGCCACUCAUGGAGCAGCUCUGGACACCGAAUUUUAUGGCUACGACUGCGACUUUGGACAGGGAGGAGGUUUACCUCUUCAACAUCUAUGCGCCGACAGCAGUGCCCCUGAGCGAGAAGUUUUACGAGUCCCUAGCUCAAAUUACCAUAUCAGCCGGUACCCCGAUCUUCGUAGGCGGGGACUUCAACUGCACGCAAAACGGAGUCCAAGAUCGAUCAUACGAACCUACAGCAAACAGUCACUCCUCGGAGGCUUUUGCUACUCUGGUAAAGCGCUGGCGCCUACACGACAGCCUGGGCAACGCUCUUCCGGACCCGACAGAUCCCACCGCUCUAGCCCGGUUUCGUGAUGAGCAGCAUACCCAUCGAUGCACCGUGCACGGAGGAAAGCCGGCCACCAGCCGCCUCGACCGCUGGUAUGCCAACGAUCUCGCUCGGCCCUGGAUGACAGCAACUCAGGUCGACCAAGACGGACUCCACUCCGAUCAUAAAGGUGUUCUCCUUCAUCUGAGGUCGCCGUCCAACCCUCUCCGCAUCCACAAGGAGCGAAGAGUAUUCCCUGUACCGGCCUACGCCCAGAAGAGGGCGGAUGACGCGGUCCUCGCGGAGCUUGCGGCACUGCGGCGCACCUUGGACACGGGGGCGUUGACGGCUUUACAAUCGGCGGAACUGUGGGAUGCUGCCAAACAUCGCAUAGCCAUCGCGCUGCUAAAUGCAACGAAAGCGGCUCGGCGCAGCAAGAAAAACACGUAUCGCAAAAAAAUCAAGCGGCUGUACCGACAGUUUGAUUGA